CACUGACAGGUGGCACUGACUGGCAUCACUGCUGGGCACUGACUGGUGGCACUGCUAGGCAUUGACUGGCACAACCACUGGGCACUGACUGGUGGCACAGACUGGCAGCACUGAUGGGCACAUGUGGGUGGGCACAGGUGGGUGGCACUGCUGGGCACAGGUAGGUGGCACUUCUGAGCACAGGUGUGUAGCACUGCUGGGUGAGUGCACUGCUGGGUACAGGUGGGCGCACUGCUGGGCACAGGUGGGCGGAACUGGUGGGUGGCACUGCUGGGCACCGAUCAUCAGGGCACUGAUCAUCAGUGCCCUGAUGAUCAGUGCCGAUCCCUGCUCUGACAACUGCCAGUUUUCGGCAGUAUUUUCCUUGCGCUCUGACAGCGUGAGGAAAGUGCAGCCGAGAACCGGCAAUUGC